GUAUCACUCUUUCUGGACGCCUUCACACGAUGUGUACGACGUGGCAAUCGGCAUGCCUUUUGCAAGGAAGACGACGAUGCGGUUGAUUUUGUGGCAGCUGUAGCAAACUUGCGUGCUUUUGUUUUUCACAUUUUCCCCCUGCAGUCAGUGGAGGAGAUACGCAGUAUUGCGGGCGCCAUUGUGCCAGCCAUUGCGACGACAAACGCCAUUGUGGCAGCGGCGGUGGUGCAGCAGGCGCUUUGUGUGCUUGGCAUGAAAGAAACGACAUGCCGUUUUGGAAAGCCACAAAUGGUGUACGUGCGACGCGUGCCGCAGGUACGACGCCGUCCUUUCCCAGAUCCCUGCGGUUGUAAUAUUCAUGUCGCUCAUGGCUCUGACCGUAAAGGAGACUCCAGCAGCGACGAAAAAACCGGCAAGAAAAACGAUGCAAUACAAAAACGGUGGGCAACGGACCUUUUUCUCGUGCACAGUGCACCACCCAGCCUGCCGAGCAGCAAUUGUCUUGUCUGCCGUGAGCAUUAUCCUACCGUUCGUGUGUUUCUGGACGCCACUCACACAACGCUUGGGCAGUUUCUCUGCACUGUGCUACGGGAACGUCUGUCCAUGACUGCAGCAUCUGUCUUCUGUGGUGCAAAUGUGUUGUACGAAGAGGACGAGUACGAGGCUCUGGCAACGACGCCGCUUGCGGACCUGAUGACUGCUGCGGACAGGCCGCUGGAACUUCUUGUCGACGAUCUCAAUCACGAGGUGGAGUGGCGGCUUGUGGUUAACCACAUUCCUGCGAUGGAGGGGAGCGAUGCAGUGAAACUGGAGGGAAUUGACGCGGCACUCCAGUUGGAGCAAAAACUUGUUGCGGAUUCAAAAAAGAAUGCCGCUGCUAUUGCUGCUGCUGAAAACGAUAAUGGUAAUGGUGAUCGUGUUGUUCCCACCAAGACCGGCGGCGUGGAGAACGACGACGAAGACGAUGUUGUCGAUUCCCCUUCCCUGAACGUGAAGGAUGCUGCUGCGGGAAAUAGGGCGACAGUGACGGUGGUGCUGUCAGAUUCCGACGGGGAUGAUGUCGAUGUCGUGGAGAUUGAAUGA